AUGGCAGAAACUGCUAUUUCUUCAGCAUUGGUUUCACUUCAGAUGGCGCUCCCGGCCAUCAGCCUACACCUUAAUCGCAAGAAAGGUGAUCGUGAUGAAGGUGAUAUGAAGAAUAAAAUUGAGAAUAUCAUACGUUUGUUGAGGAGGAUGAAGGCCUUCAUAGAGGAUAAUGACGACCUUAUCGAGCACGGCAGUAGGUUGCGCAAAGAUCAAGUCGAACAAGUUCGAGACAUUGCUUAUGAGAUAGAGGAUGUUCUUGAGGAUGUUUCCCUGCACAGCAUGUAUGAAUUUCGCAGCAAUAAAAUCAUUCGGAAAUCUUUCGAGGUGAGCCAUAAUAUCAAGCAUGGCUAUCCUCUUCGAGAGAUCUCCGACAAGAUCACAAGCAUCAACAAAAAUAUCGAACUUAUGGGCUCACAAAUGAGAAUCUUCGAUCCCGCUGGAUACCCCCCUUCAAGAGAUACAAGGAGUUCUGGCACAAGCACUGCUCGAGUUCAAUUGAGUCCUCUUCUCCUUGACGAUGAACUGGUUGGAAAAGGGACUAGUCAGAAUAGCUGUGGUCGGCCCUGGUGGCUCUGGGAAGUCGACAUUCGUAAAAUUGAGAAUAUCAUACGUUUGUUGAGGAGGAUGAAGGCCUUCAUAGAGGAUAAUGACGACCUUAUCGAGCACGGCAGUAGGUUGCGCAAAGAUCAAGUCGAACAAGUUCGAGACAUUGCUUAUGAGAUAGAGGAUGUUCUUGAGGAUGUUUCCCUGCACAGCAUGUAUGAAUUUCGCAGCAAUAAAAUCAUUCGGAAAUCUUUCGAGGUGAGCCAUAAUAUCAAGCAUGGCUAUCCUCUUCGAGAGAUCUCCGACAAGAUCACAAGCAUCAACAAAAAUAUCGAACUUAUGGGCUCACAAAUGAGAAUCUUCGAUCCCGCUGGAUACCCCCCUUCAAGAGAUACAAGGAGUUCUGGCACAAGCACUGCUCGAGUUCAAUUGAGUCCUCUUCUCCUUGACGAUGAACUGGUUGGGUAUAAAAAACCCAAGGAAGAAUUUGUUCGUCAAUUGAUAGAUGAUCGCAUCAUUCCAACACCUUCGGAGGGAGAAAAGGGACUAGUCAGAAUAGCUGUGGUCGGCCCUGGUGGCUCUGGGAAGUCGACAUUCGUAAAGAAUGUGUUCUGGAAAAGAAACAUUUUUGGACAAUUUGAUUGCCAUGCUUGGGUUCAUGUGUCUCGGCACUUUGAUGUCAAGGAACUCUUAAGCGGUAUGCUAGAUCAAUUUCGUACAUCUAGAAAGGAACCAUAUCACCGUGAAGCUGGAGAUAUUCUGACUAAUCUAAGAAAUUACCUGAUGGAAAAGAGUUACGUUGUUGUUCUAGAUGAUAUUUGGAGAGUAGAACACUACGAGUGCAUUAUGAAUGCUCUGCCAGAUGAUGUCUUUGGCAGCAGAAUAAUUGUUACCACCAGGGCUCAUGACGUGGCGUCUUCGUUUGCAUCCUCAAACCGAUUUAUACAUAACCUGAAUGGUCUGGAAUGGCUAGAUGCUUGGACGCUCUUCUGUAAAAAGGCCUUCCACGAUAGCAAUGGGGAAUGUCCUUCAGAGUUGAAGGAUUGUUCUAACAAAAUUGUGAAAAGAUGUGAAGGACUACCCCUUGCUAUUUCGGCAGUAGGUGCUGUGCUAUCACAGAAACCCAAGUAUCCAGAUGUGUGGGAGAAAUUUCACGCCGGCCUUGGAUAUGAAAUUGGAAGUAGUUCCUAUCUGUCAGGUAUUGGGAGUGUGCUGUUGUCUGGCUACAAGGAUCUCUCAAGUGAUCUUAAGAGUUGUUUCUUGUACUUCAGCAUUUUCCCGGAAGAUUACUCUGUUGAUUGUGGGAGGCUCGUACGCUUGUGGGUAGCGGAAAGAUUUGUGAUGGAAACAGAUGGGAAAACAGCUGAAGAGGUAGCCGAGGACUAUCUUAACCAACUGAUUAUGAGGAAUUUGGUUCAUGUUUCCGGAAGGAAUUUUGAUGGUCGACCAAAAAACUGUCGAGUUCUCAACCUUUUGCGUGAAUUUAUUGUUCAGAAAUGCAAGGACGAGAAUUUUGUAUCAGUUUUCUCAAAGCAAAACAGUCCAAACCAGAAAGUACGUCGCCUAUCUGUUCAGAGUGCUUCCACUUGUUCGUCAAGGAACAUUCAGAUAGAUUUCCCUGGUGUUCGUUCCAUGUUCCUCUUCAGCAACGACAAUAGUUCUCUCACUGCUAUUGAAAACAAAUUUCAGGAUUUCAGAUUGCUAAGAAUCUCGGACUUGCAAGGUUCAACUCUGAAAGAAUUUCCAAAAAAAAUUGUUCAUCUCGGCCUCCUAAAGUAUCUUAGUUUCAGGGAUACUGAAAUAGAGGUGAUUCCCAAGUCCAUAAAGAAGCUUUAUUACCUUGAAACAUUGGAUCUUAAGCGGACUAAUGUGAUCCAGCUUCCAAAAAAAAUCCGUGUCCUGAAGAAUCUCCGGCAUCUCUUCGCCAGCAAAAAAACUGUGAAGAAUUUUACAGAUUUUGACUCUAUACGAGGAGUUAAGGUGUUUGAAGGGAUUAAAAACUUAACUAAUCUACAGGCAUUGUCUCUUGUGAAGGUUUGCAAAAGUGGUAGGAUCAUACGGGAGUUACAAAAUUUGAGCCAACUCAGGAAGCUGGGACUUACUGGGAUCCCGGAAGAAUUUAGCAGAGACUUGUGCGAAUCUAUUGAAAAGAUGAAGAAUCUUAAUAGUUUGGAUCUAAGUACAACCACUAAGAAAGAGUAUCUUCAACUGGGUGAAUUGGUCAAUCCUCCUAAAUUUCUUCAGCGGCUAUACUUGAAAGGACGCCUCGAAGAAUUCCCGAGAUGGAUCUCCUCUCUUGAUAAUCUGUUCAAAAUUGUUCUGAAGUGGUCCAAGUUGUACUACAGUCCACUGAAUUCUCUUCUAGAUCUGCGUAACCUCAUGGAGCUUCAACUGGUCGAUUGUUAUGUUGGCAAGGAGUUAGUAUUUGAAGAUUCGAGCUUCCAAAAACUAAAGAAAUUGGUUAUUGAAGAACUUCCAGAGCUAGACAAAAUAGUGUUUGAAACGAAUGCUUUGCCUGAACUUCAACAAAUAUCACUCCGUAGAUGUCAGAAUCUGAAAAUGCCUCCAUUGGGCAUCAGCAAACUUGCCAAUGUUGAAGAGCUGACAGUGUAUGAUAUGAACCAGGAAUUUAUGGCUGCAAUUAGAAAGGGUGGUGAAGGCCGUGUUAUGAUCGAACAUAUUCCCGUGAUUCAUUCUUUCACCCAUAUUGGCUCAUUUGAGAAUCUUUCUUAUUUUCCUGGAGUAUGAAAACCAUGCAAUGUGUUCUGCAAUCAAUUUUCUCGUUUGAUCUAUGUAUCAUGUACUUGUAAUGACUCUCUUUUAUCAAUAUUGACCUUUUUCAGCAAAUUUGAGUUUUUGGGAUCUUGUUAUAGAAAUUCAGCUACUUUUCGUUAAUGCUUACUAGUUUUGAA